AUGAUUUCCCAGUACUUCAUCCCACAGUUCCUCCUCCCACGACACACCACCCCCAGCCCCUCAACCAAGCCCCCAGACCCCUCCUCAACCGAAUACUGCGACCUCAAAGCCCUCGGUCUCCUCCCUCCAGAAUACCCCAUCCCCGACGGCGGCCCCACCGUCUCCCGCACCAUCUGGUCCUUCCUCGCCUUCUCAACCGUAUUCCUGUUCCUCCGCAUCUACUGCAAGAAAUGGCGCUCCCGCGGCCUCUGGUGGGACGACUACGUCCUCAUAUUCAGCUGGCUCAUGUUCAUAGCUUGCGCCGUCAUCUGCCAACUAGUCAUCAACCUCGGCUUCGGCCGCUACCCCUGUGACAUCCCCCCCUCCCACCACCCCACCAUCGCCUUCGUGGGCGCCACUCUUGGGUCUUGCAUCACCAUCCUCACCAUUGUGUGGUCCAAGACGUCAUUCGCCAUAACCAUCCUCCGAUUGUCACCUUCUGGUAGCGUCCUUCGGAACAUUGCUUGGUUUGUGCUGGUUAGUAUGAACGCGCUCAUGAUUGUCCAGGCGGUGGUCGUCUGGGUGAAGUGUAACCCAAUCAGUAAGAACUGGGAUCUUAGUAAUGAGGGAACCUGCUGGGAUGUGCAUGCCACGAAUUACUAUGGGGUUUUCUGCGGGGUGUACAGCGGGGUGUGUGAUAUUGUGCUGGCGCUGUUGCCGUGGAGGUUGGUCUGGGGGUUGCAGAUGAGGAAGAAGGAGAAGUUAGGUGUUGUGGUGGGGAUGAGUAUGGGGGUUGUGGCUGGAGUCUGGGCUUUUAUUAAGUCGUCCAAGUUGGUGUUGUUGGGGUCGAAGAACUUUACCUACGAGGGCUGCCUCCUGUUGAUCUGGACGUCGGCUGAGAUAGGAACAACCAUCAUGGCGAGCUGCAUUCCUGUGUUGCGAGUGUUAUUCAAGGAGCUGCACGAUAAUCAUGUCGAGAAGCAGAACAGUAAGGAGACUGCAGACUCGAUGAAUUCCCAGCAGCCAUUGUCGUGGCCAUCUUCACGAGCACACUCGGCAGUAUGA